UAUCAGAAUCAUUAAGCCAUGACAACUUGUGGUAUAAGCGUGCGUUGUGAUUUCUUCGGGGUUAAAUCGAAAUCGCACUGUUACCAGACUGUUUUGCCAGAAGAGAAAUCAAUUUCGAUUUUGUACCUGAUCCUGUGAAACAAAAUCAUUGGCACAACAUGGAUCGCAUCACUUUGACGUUCUUGGUUGUUUUCAUCGUCUCAGGACUGCGUGAAGGCGUUGCAGCACGAAAACCAACGAUAAGUUCCAACGCGAAAGAUGGCAUGAUCCAAGAAGGAAAUGAGCUGAGAAUAUUCUGUGAGGGUGACGGCAAGCUCCAUUUUUCAGUAAUGGACGUUCCAUCGGAUGAAGAUUCGUGCAAUCAUAAUAUAAAUUACGGUCCGAAUAACGCCUCCUUCGUUUGCCAUAAUGCAACUAAAAGCGAUACGAGAUGGUAUGCUUGUGCGGAGGAGGGUAUCGUAAUCCGUAACACCGACCAAACUAUCGAACACCCUGACGAAGACAUCGCUUGGAUUCAUAUCUACGUAAAUUCUACGGAACCGUUUGCCCAAAUGGCCACGGGCAGAGAGUUACCAGUAACGACAAGAGGCCCAGUAGUCUUUCCAUGUCGGACAACGUCACCUCAUUGGAUUGUGAUGGCUCAUACACGCAACGAAAACUUGACGGGACGCUUCGAUCCAAAAAUCGGGUUCAUUGCGACGGGAGAUCUAAAUUACCUGGUUAAUCAGGAAAUUAAUUGUUCCGUAAUCAACGAACCCAGGGCAUUACGUGAUAUGAAGUCAGUUUCGUAUCGUCUCGCCGAUGAGGAAGAUGAUUUUCCGAUGCCCAAACCAGAGAUUGAUAAAAUCGCGUUACACCACAUGGUGUGGGGAAGGGAUCAAAAUAUAAAUUGCACAAUCACCGGACCUUAUUCUCAAAAUCUUAUACUUCAAUGGAAAGCCCCAGAAUCAGUCCAUCAUCAGCGGCUAAUGAUAACCGAGACCACAACGUAUGCAGCUGAUCCUAUGUAUACAUCUUAUAUUUCCAUGCUGACAAUUAAGAAUGUGACGGAAAAUGAUGGCGGUAGCUACACUUGUUUCGUACAAAAAUUUUCCGAUGAUGGUGAAGCAGCAGACACGUGUGAUAUUAAGUUUUGGGAUCCGAACCACUUUUUUGUCGACGUAAGGAUGGUUGAAGGUGACGAUUAUCGAUCGAUUGUAGGAAAAGAGGGAAAGACUUCCAGAUGGAAUAUUAAGAUUGACGCAUAUCCCGAAUACUCGCUGCACUGGUACAAGAAUAUUGGUGAAAAAACCACGGAAAUCGAUUUCAAGAAUAGCAGCAAAUACUCGGUCAGCGACACCUUCCGGAUCGACGGAAGGCUAAACCACCUUUUCGAAAUACAUAAAUCGGACGUGUACGAUAACGGCGAAUAUGUCAUUCGCGUGAGAACGAAACAUGACACGAGUGAAAUAAAUCUUCACUUGACAAUUGAUGCCCCGCCGGUUCCCAAAAUUAUUCCAUCCUUGACAUACGUUGCACCGGGCCAGUCGACAAAUUUUCUCUGCAUGACGGUCAGUCAUCCGUUGGCAAACGUGACGUGGAGUUAUAUGGAAUUGCCUAACUAUCCAUCACUGAAUGGAAAUAGGUCUGCAUCUCUUUUGGAUUUUGGGGAAUUUGCAAACCACGAUCCGGUGACUUCGGUGUCGCAUUUGAACAUAAAGGUUAACGACACAGGACAUCUGACAUGCAGAAGCUGCAACUAUAUUAGCUGUGUUGAAGAUACCAAAUUAAUCUCCGUUUCUGACGUCAACGCGUCGUUCGCUAUAAUGCCUCUUGAAUCUGUCGCGGAAGGUGAUAGCAUCAAUAUCACGUGUGGUAUUUCAAGUUAUCUUAAUUUUAGUAGCGAUGAGAUUCUUAAAUGGAACGUUAAUCGUUCGGAUCUUGAAACAGGAAGAAUGAGAGUUUUGAAAAAGAAAACAAAAUUUACGCAUCUUUCAAUACUUCAAAUAAGCAGAGUGACUCGAUUGGACGAUGGGAUUUACAUUUGUGAUGUUCUCAACAAGAGUAAGGGCUUCAAGCCCCAGGCAUAUAACUUGUCGGUGGCGGCUGGGCGUAAACCAAAAAUAUACGAAUGGAAUAUGAACACUUCUCAGUCAGUAAUUGACACUGGCAAAAAACGAAAAGACGACGUAAUUCUCAUAUGCUUAGCUGACGGAAUGCCAAAACCAGAAAUCACCUGGUUGAAGGAUAACAAGUCACUGCCGAAACACAAUGGGUACAAAAUUUCGCAAGACAAAUCUGAGCUCCAGAUGCGAUACCUUCUCGAGCAAGAUAGUGGACGAUACACGUGUCGAGUUGUGAAUCGUUUUGGCAGCGAUGAAAGAUCCGUGGAUAUUGUAGUGAAUGAAGUAUUUUCAGGACGAAGUCACAUAAUUCAUCUUGGGUUGAUCUGCGGGCUUGUCAUAAUUAUUGUCAUAAUCAUUGCUUGCAUGGGACUUAAAGCGAACCGUAAGAGACUUUGGAGUAAGAAGCUGCUCAAGGCAGGAUCAGUUUAUUUUGUGAAAAAGACGGUCGAAUGCCGAGACCCCAAGUUGAACAUCGAUGAUCAAGCCAAGUUAUUAUCUGAAGAUAAGAAAUAAGAAUUCCUCGAGAAAACUUGAAACUUGGUACGUACAUUCGACUGUCUCAACUGAAGUGGCAUACCUAUGGAAUAUAUGUAUUUCUAUGAUAUUUUAUUAUAGUUUAACAGGCAAGCAAGUGAGAAAUAUAUAAUAUGCUUUUCAUUAACCAAAAUAUAGAAUAACAAGUCACUGUCAAAAAACCAUAAGUACGAUAUUUUGCAAUACAAAUCUAAACUCCGUAUACGAUACUUUGUCGAGCAAAAUGGUGGACAUCACACGUGUCAAGCGGUGAUUCGUGUUGAAUAUUGAUGGAUAUUUUAGUCAGGCCCGUAUUUACGCCCAGAUCAACAAGGCCCUGGCCUAGGGGUGGCGGCGAUGCGGGGAUCAGCCGUUAUUCCCCCUGAAUUAUUCUUAUUUUUCUUUUCAUGCUUGUUCUAUUUAUGUAUAUGAAUGUAAUGAUUUUUUGAAAAAGCAUUUAACAAUAGAUUCCGUUAAUUAAUCUAGAAACCAAGCGAAUAUACAAAUUUGUCAUAGAAAUUUUUAAAUAAUUUUCUACAAUAAAGAUUUAAAAGCGAA